AUGACAAUGCAAGAAGAUGACAUAGAAUGGGUUGCGCAUGCGCUUUACGGAUGUAAUUUAGAUGUCGAAUCAGAAGAAGCUGAUGCACAACAACUUGACAAUAUCAUCAAAAUAGCCGUAAGUCAUCUCUUCGUCAGGAAGAUAGUGGAGGAUAUCAAAAUACUCAUGCAAGAUCGAUUCAAAGCCGUCAUCGAUAGUAUAAUACCAGCGAAUUGUUUGAUACUGCAUAAGCAUUAUGCAUGGUUAUGGACCCUAAUCUGGCGUAUACAGUGGAUGAUGCACUGA